AGUCUUUCAAUCUUCUUCAUCCCCUUGCAAGCCUUGCCAUAUUGUGCUGACCGUAUUCGACAGCGGACCAGCACAACAUGUGUCCUUGACACUGCAGAUGACUGGAACGAGCAGUUUUCACGUCGUCAAAGCCACCUCUCCAAGGGUUUUUUCACCCCACAGCAUGUUGCUUAUAAGCCCAUUGGGGAUGUGGAUCUGGACUCCCGUAACUUGGUUUUCAGAGUUUUCUCUGCCACUUUGCCAAAAAAGGUGCAUGCAGCUGCUUUCUUUAUUGGUAGUCACAAGCUGGGAUUUACACCUCCGAAAACAGCAGAAAAGUCUGAACAAUCCUCCAAGCAGCACACACCCAAAGCAUUGCAUGACAAGCACCUGGGUGCUCAGGCAUCCCAAAUCAAUCAGGAGGCUGUAUCAUCCGCUGGCUUCACAUACAUAAAGAAUUACUUGCAAGACUCUGAGAAAAUACUGGUGGCAGAAAGAGGCGGCCAGAACUUUGAGAAAUGUGUGGCAGACUUAGAGAAAGCCAGAAGGCAGAAUGAGAACACAGGUAUCCAGCAAACUAGUGUAACAUUCUGUCCCCCGUCUGGCUCAUCCUUUGGGGUGACAUUAGUUCCCUCAUCUUCCCACUACACUCAAGUGAGGUCAGCCAGCACAUUGUCCGCAGAUUCUACAAAAAGUGAUAUUAGCACUCGGACCGUAUCCAAGACCAAGCCAAUAGAUGAUGACAUUGAGGAGGAACUUACAAGGCUGAAUUCCCUCCGCAAUCACAGAGGUUUAGCAGAGAAACUUAAAGCCAUUCACCGACUGCUCAAUGCUCUGCACAACAUGAAAAGCAAAGACCUCAGAACCAGGGUACCCUUGUCUCAUGAGAUGGUCAGGUUCUUAUACCGCCAUGUCCCAUAUGAGCGGCCAGUUUUCAGUCGACUUGCUAGGACCACAGGUCUACAAACUACCACAACCACUGCUCCAAUGGAACUGAUCCAAUCAUCAGACACAGUUAGCUCCAGUGAUUUUAAUCCCAGUGGUGCCAAUGCCCCAGGAACAGGCACAGCAACAACGAUGAAUAAAUGGACUUCCAAAUCUCAUCUCAGCAAUAGAUCUAAUGCUAGUGUCAAGCCUCCUGAUGUGCCACCAUUGUCAUCAACACCAGUGCAAUGGAGAAAAUUCCGCCAGAACUUGUCAUCGUUACAUCACAAGUCACGCCCCUUGGACAAGGAACAAAGACUGGAGACAUGGGAGGACUUACUUGCUGUCCAGACAUCCACCGUCCCCUCGUGUGGUCAACAAACCCACAGAUUCAGUUUGGUCAGCCAAGGUCAUGCCCAUCCCCACACCCUUGGCUUUAGCAAGUGGAUGGCUGCGCACCAUCGACACCACCCUGAACGUGAUCACCAUCAUCAAGCCCUGUCGACCAAGCAGCCAUACUGGAUAACUGUGGCUGUGUCAAGUGCUGACAAAGUUAAGAGACAAGUUCAGACAUCUAGCAGUAGCACCCAGACAGAUGGAAUGGAUCCUGAGAAAACCUUGGACACUGUCAGGGAGAGCUUCUACAAAGUUAAGAAGAAGAUGGCGAGGGAGGUUCUCACAGACAUCGAGAGGAUGGAAAGAGAACGCUGUCGCACAUUUCGUCAGAAGUUCCAUGCAGCCAAUGAACAUCCAGUCAUGGAGCUUGCCAUCAAACGUAUGCGGGAGGCUCCUCAGAUCAGUCGUCAACUGGCUGUGACUGAAGACAGUGACAUGAAAGAGAUUAAGCCCUCAAAAUGGUAAGUCAAAUAUCCACAUCUGUUAACUGCCUCUGUAAG